CGGCCGCAGGAAUAAGUGGAGAAAAAAAAAGGUUGAAGAAAGCGAAUGGGGCGACAAAGAAGACUCUAAACGAGCCAACGAGCAGGCCAGCUGCUAAGUGCUCACAGAUGGACUCCGACAGCCUAACCAAGAUGAUGUCCAGUGAGCCCCCAGGCAACCUGUCCCGCGAUGUCACCCGGGCCCACAAACCCGCCCCGGGUCCAGGCUGUAGCUGGCUGGUGGUGGCAGCAGCCAUGGCAGCAUCCUUGAGUGGCCUCAUGCUGGGCUACGAGAUGGGCCUGACGUCGGGGGUGCUGCUGCAGCUGCGCGGUGUCCUGUCGCUGUCGUGCCGCGAGCAGGAGCUGCUGGUCAGCUCCCGGCUCCUGGGCGCGCUGCUAAUUUGCCUGGCCGGCGGUCCCAUCCUGGACCGCUACGGCCGCCGCUGCUCCCUGCUCCUGAGCGCCGGCCUGGUGAUCGGCGGCACCAUGCUCCUCAUGGCUAAGGCCUCGCUGGCGGCGUUGGCGUUGGGCCGCAUCGUGGUGGGCAUGGGCACCUCGCUUUCGGGUACAGCGGCGUGCCUGUACAUUGCAGAGAUCUCGCCGCGGGAGAGGCGUGGCCUGCUGGUGACGCUGUACGAGCUGAUGCUGGUGGUGGGCGUCAUGCUGGGCUUCAGCUGCAGCUACGCUUUCGCCACGCUACCCGACGGCUGGGUGUACACGUUCGGACUGGUCAUCCCUCCAGCACUGCUCCAGAUGGGCGCCCUCGUGUUCCUCCCGCCCAGUCCGAGGUUCCUGGUGGCGCGGGGUGAGCUGGAGCUGGCCAGGGAGGUUCUGGCGCGUAUGAGGGGUGGCGCGAAAGAACAAGUGGAAGUGGAACUCAGGGAUAUCCAGAUUGGGCUCAAGGAGGAGUCAGAGCACAGCUUUGUGGAGCUCUUCAGCGCCAAGUCCAACCUGCGAUCGCGUCUCCUGACGGGCAUGGUGCUCGUGUUCCUCCAACAGGCCACGGGGCAGCCCAACAUCCUGUCCUACGCUUCGCCCCUGCUGCGCGGCGUCGGCUUCCACAGCGAUGACGCUGCCACCCUGGCAUCCACCGGCUUCGGCGUGGUCAAGGUGGUGGGCACGGUCCCGGCCGUGCUGCUGGUGGAUCGCGUGGGGCCUAAAAGCUUUCUGUGUGUUGGCGCCGUGGCCAUGGGGAUGUCGCUGGCGGCUCUGGGCGCACUGACCCUGCAGAGUCAGACGCAGCUAACCAGCCUGUGUGUCAGCCACCCGGCACCCAACCAUACCAUUGUCACAUGGGAUCACAACAGAACGGAGAAUGAGACCCAAAUGUUUAUCACAAGCGCCCCCGUCUGGUGGACAGACGAUGACAACAGGUUGCUGCGAAGUGGGCCCGUGGACGAUAAGUCUUCCUCGCUCAAGUGGGCGUCACUCAUCAGCUUGCUUGUGUUUGUGGCCGCCUUCUCCAUAGGCCUGGGGCCAAUGGUGUACGUGGUACUGAGCGAGAUCUUCCCCAUGGGCAUUCGCGGGCGAGCCGUGUCGGUGGUGUCGGCCGUCAACUGGGCCACCAACCUACUCAUCUCCAUGACUUUUCUCACCAUGACGGAGAGGAUUGGCGUUCCCAACAUGAUGUUCCUGUACGCCGCAAUGAGCUUUGUACUUCUGGUGUUUGUCAUGCUCCGCGUGCCCAAGACAAGAGGACGCACGCUGGAGGAAAUCUCAAAAGAACUGGCUAAAAAGAAGCAUUUUGAAAUCAGCCUGUGCAAGAAGGUCCAACAUCAGGAGACGAGCAGUGUGUCCAGAGAGAUGCCCCCAAACAUCCUGUGACCACUUGAUGAGACCGAAAAUGCCACUGAAAUAACAUUCAGUUCACUCUAUGCAACAUUAAGCUAUAACGGGUUACAUAACGGUUAUGGUUAAAUUUAUUGUACACAUAUUCAAAAUGUUUGUAACUUUAUGUCCCCUUUAAAACUUUUGGUGAUUAUCUGUUGCUUUAAAAGACUGACUUGUGUUGGCCUCUUGAGUAUUAAAUUUGUU